GGGGCUGUGCUAGGGAGGGGCCCGAGCUUGCGUUGUCUUUGGAGAGUGUUGAGGAAGGGGCGUUUAUAAGAGCAGGGCCGGGACUACGGUGAGGCGAGUGAGGCGUCAAGGGCGCGGAGGUACUCGUCCGGCACUGGCAAGACCCCGGGGGUGCGUUCGCCAGGCCAGUCACUCGCCUCACCCUAGUCCCGGCCCUGAAUCCGGGCUUCUUCCCCUUCACGUUUGGUCUCAUCCCAAUCCCUGCCCGUCUCCAGAGUUCUGAGGAUCAAAUACUUUAAGUGAAAGCGCCUUGAAGCAAAGGCAGGGUGUUCUAUUUGGGACAUGCCUGUUAGGAAAUGUGGGACAAACUUUUAUUUCGAUUACAAAAAAAUGGAUAUUCCAAAUCCCCCAACUUCCAAAUGUAUCACUUAUUGGAAAAGAAAAGUUAAAUCUGAAUAUAUGCGCCUUCGACAACUUAAACGACUUCAGGCAAAUAUGGGUGCAAAGGCUCUGUAUGUGGCAAAUUUUGCAAAGGUGCAAGAAAAAACCCAGAUCCUCAACGAAGAAUGGAAGAAACUUCGUGUCCAACCUGUUCAGCUGAUGAAGCCUGUGAGUGGGCAUCCUUUCCUCAAAAAGUGUACCAUAGAGAGCAUUUUCCCAGGAUUUGCAAGCCAGCAUAUGUUAAUGCGGUCUCUGAACACAGUUGCAUUGGUACCCAUCAUGUAUUCCUGGUCCCCUCUCCAGCAGAACUUUAUGGUAGAAGAUGAGACAGUUUUGUGUAAUAUUCCCUACAUGGGAGAUGAAGUAAAAGAAGAAGAUGAAACUUUCAUUGAGGAGCUGAUCAAUAAUUACGAUGGGAAAGUCCAUGGUGAAGAAGAGAUGAUCCCUGGAUCCGUCCUGAUUAGUGAUGCUGUUUUCCUGGAGCUGGUAGAUGCUCUGAAUCAGUACUCAGAUGAGGAGGAUGAAGGGCACAAUGACACCUCAGAUGGAAAACAGGAUGACAGCAAAGAAGAUCUACCAGUAACAAGAAAGAGAAAACGACAUGCUAUUGAAGGCAACAAAAAGAGUUCCAAGAAACAGUUCCCAAAUGACAUGAUCUUCAGUGCAAUUGCCUCGAUGUUCCCUGAGAAUGGUGUCCCAGAUGAUAUGAAGGAGAGGUAUCGAGAGCUAACAGAGAUGUCAGAUCCCAAUGCACUUCCCCCUCAGUGCACACCCAACAUCGACGGCCCCAAUGCCAAGUCUGUGCAACGGGAGCAAUCUCUGCACUCCUUCCACACACUUUUUUGCCGGCGCUGCUUUAAAUACGACUGCUUCCUUCACCCUUUUCAUGCCACCCCUAAUGUAUACAAGCGCAAGAACAAAGAAAUCAAGAUUGAACCAGAACCAUGUGGGACAGAGUGCUUCCUUUUGCUGGAAGGAGCAAAGGAGUAUGCCAUGCUCCACAACCCUCGCUCCAAGUGCUCUGGUCGUCGCCGGCGACGUCACCACAUAGUCAGUGCUUCAUGCUCCAACACGUCAGCCUCUGCUGUGGCUGAGACUAAAGAAGGGGACAGUGACAGGGACACAGGCAACGACUGGGCCUCUAGUUCUUCAGAGGCUAACUCUCGCUGUCAGACCCCCACAAAACAGAAGGCUAGUCCAGCCCCACCUCAGCUCUGUGUAGUAGAAGCACCAUCGGAACCUGUGGAAUGGACUGGGGCUGAAGAAUCUCUUUUUCGGGUCUUCCAUGGUACCUACUUCAACAACUUCUGUUCAAUAGCCAGGCUUCUGGGGACUAAGACAUGCAAGCAGGUCUUUCAGUUUGCAGUUAAAGAAUCACUUAUCCUGAAGCUACCAACAGAUGAGCUGAUGAACCCCUCGCAGAAGAAGAAAAGAAAGCACAGGUUGUGGGCUGCACACUGCAGGAAGAUUCAGCUGAAGAAAGAUAAUUCUUCCACACAAGUGUACAACUACCAGCCCUGCGACCACCCAGACCGCCCCUGUGACAGCACGUGCCCCUGCAUCAUGACUCAGAAUUUCUGUGAGAAGUUCUGCCAGUGCAACCCAGACUGUCAGAAUCGUUUCCCUGGCUGUCGCUGUAAGACCCAGUGCAACACCAAGCAGUGUCCUUGCUACCUAGCAGUGCGGGAGUGCGACCCCGACCUGUGUCUCACCUGUGGGGCCUCAGAGCACUGGGACUGCAAGGUGGUUUCCUGUAAAAACUGCAGCAUCCAGCGUGGCCUCAAGAAGCACCUGCUGCUGGCCCCCUCAGAUGUGGCCGGAUGGGGCACCUUCAUUAAAGAGUCUGUGCAGAAGAACGAAUUCAUUUCUGAGUACUGUGGUGAGCUCAUCUCUCAGGAUGAGGCUGAUCGACGAGGAAAAGUCUAUGACAAAUACAUGUCCAGCUUCCUCUUCAACCUCAACAAUGAUUUUGUAGUGGAUGCUACCCGGAAAGGAAACAAAAUUCGAUUUGCGAACCAUUCAGUGAACCCCAACUGUUAUGCCAAAGUGGUCAUGGUGAAUGGAGAUCAUCGGAUUGGGAUCUUUGCCAAGAGAGCAAUUCAAGCUGGUGAAGAGCUCUUCUUUGAUUACAGGUACAGCCAAGCUGAUGCCCUCAAGUAUGUGGGGAUCGAGAGGGAGACCGAUGUCCUUUAGCCCUCCCGGGCCCCACCCCAGCUCUACGGUAGCGGCACUGUCUUUGCUUUUGUGCACUCACCACUGCUGCUCAAGUUUCCUGCACUGUCUCCCACACCGAGAACUCCCCCACCCAUGCCCUCUGUAGUGAGGCCUCAGCUGUGUCCAGUGAGGACAAAACUCUCCAGUGAGAGGGGAGACAAGAGGCAGCCAGGGCUUGGGCUCCCAGGAACGAGUUGCAGAAACAGGAGACUGCAUCUCAGGCCUCAGAGGAAGAGAGCCCACCCCGAGAGGCCAAGGUGACAGGGUAGAUGACUUAACGCUUGACUUCUUGUCAGCUGCCCAGGAUGUGGGCCUCAGGAAUAAACUUAGGCAGUCCCUAACAAGCAUGAGCUUGUAAUUUUAACUUUCCUAAUCAAGCGUCCUCAUGUAAUUGUUGCCAGGCCUAUCUCUCUGUGGUCCUUAGACCUGGAGAGGACAGGCUAAGUGAAGUUUGGUACCUAGAGCUUACGAGUGAUCUGGGUUAGAGACAAGCCUGGCAGACAGCUCAGAGUGAAUUCAGAGGGGAGACGGGUCAUCUUACUACCUCUUCCCUCCUGGCAGGGUUUAAUCUGAAGGAGUGUGAGUUCUCUAAGUACACUGAUACUCAAGGCUGGGAGAAGGAAAGCCAAGAGCCGUCCAUCCAUGGACAGAGGAAAGACAGCCUGACAGCAGUAGUUACUCUACUGAAUUGGGACCCAGGGGGCUUUGAGUAAGCCUUCUCUGUCUAUUCUGGAGAAUCUGUUUUCGAUUCCUAAGAGCAGGUGCCAGUGCCCUGUCAUCUCCUUCCAAAGUCCUGGCUUAUUAACUCCAGGCAGGCAUUGUGCUGCUACUGAAGAAGUAUUAGGGUGUGUGUGAUGGGCUGGGUGAGAGGGCUCUGGUUCCCUGAAUUUGUAGUCUUUUUCAGGCCUUCUGUUCCUCAUGUGUGAAGGCCUAAGGGGCCUCUGUGGCUUAUCUUUCAGGGUUGAUGGGCCCAGACCUGGGCGAGAGACAGGAAAGAUUCUUGGUGUGAUUCCCUUUCCUGUCUGUAGCACCUGCUGUUCAGCAAGGGUGAUUUGGCCAUGUCUGUUUGGUGGGUGAAGGGCCGCCAAAUUGCAUGUGUAUGGGAUGGCGUCACACAUGCAGACUGGCAAAGGGUAUUUGAAGUGUUGAGAAGGACAGAGCACCUGUCCCGGUCAGUGGUGCUGUUCUUUCUGGGAUUCAUGCAGAGCAAAGCACUUUAUUUCUUUUAGAAAGUCUGGAAAUUAGGAUGGAGUUUGAACUAAGGUCUCUGGGGCCCCACCCCAAAUCCCACCCUUGAGGGAGGGAGAGGAAUUGGUUGGGGGGUUGGGGGUCUCCAGUUCUUGCUCUGUCUCCUGGGGGAGGCAGGAAGGGCUGGCUUGACACAAAAGAAUCUAAUGAGAAAGGAGCCAGCAAGAGCUGCCCUGUGUCUUUGGCUGGCUUGCUGAGCUGGUAGGGAAUAAGGAGUGUCGGGCUGGGGUGGGAAGCAUUCAUGCAGGCCCAGGGAUAAUGGAAUAGGGAGUGGGCUUCUCCCUUCUCUCUGGGGAACCAGUCUCUUCCCCCAGUCUAUGCUGACCAUGCCCUUCCUCCAACCCCACUGGUUGUCCAUAAAGCAAAGAGAGGGAUUCCCUCUGGCCAGGCUGCCUCCUGGGGUUUUAGUGGGACAUACACACUCACAUACUCUCCCUCACCACACUUGUGGGCACACGUGCACCCUGCACUCAGCACAUUCCCCAGCCAGCUCCUGACAGAAACCAUCUUCCCACCUGAUUGGGCCAGCCCCAACCAUGAUUCUGAAACCUGCUUCUGCUGUGGUUUGUUUUAAUUGUGUGUACCGGGGGCCCUGAAUUACUCAGAAAUUACAGGGGAAAUCCAGAGACAGAUGAAGGAGGAGGAGUUAUGUCCAUCUGAAAUAGUGGGGGCUGGCUAUGAUAACUAGGUGAAAAGAGGAAGAAAUUAAAUCCAGUCCUUGAGAGGCUAGACUGACCCCAUCCCCCCUUAGUGUGCAGAAUCAUUUCCCCAGUUUCAGACCACUACCACGCCUGUUCCUCCAGCAUCUCCACUUUCCCCCCUGCUGUCCCUCACCUUUAAUGAUGAGUCUCAAUACCUCCCCCCAAGACAUAUGAUGAUGGAUGGAACACAGUGGCGAGGACUGGGGGAGGCUGAUAAUGUGUGGCUUUAUUGCCAGUAAAUUUCACGCACUUUAAAGUCCUGUGGCUUGUGAACUCUUAUCUGAAUAAAGUGGUAGAAUCCA